AUGGAAUAUAAAGAGCAAAUUCUUUUUGAAUUAAUAAACAAAACAAGAAAUUACAAAGUAUUGGAAAUAGAUAAGUCUACUUCAAAUAAAAUAAAUGUCGAAUAUGAUGUUAUGGUAUAUUCUGGUAUUUCUAUUGACAAACAUAUAUUAAAAUUGAAACCAGAUAUCUUUAAAAUCGACAUAAGUAAGUUAGAAUAUUUAAAGAAAUCUGUUAUUAAUGUCUGUAAAGAAAACGGUAUAUUUAUAGAGUUGGUAAUUUUAGAUAAAAUAAAUUCAGAUGAGGUCAAAAUUAACUGGUUGAAAGCUCUAAGAAAAAUAGUUAAAUUUGGUGGAUUGUCUAAUCUGUUAAUUACAUUUGAAAGUUCAUUAAAUAAUUAUAAAACACAGAAUGACAUCAUAGAUAUGCUUAAAGAUUUUAAAGUGAAAAACACAACAAAAUUAUUUGCAAACUAUUUUAAAUGUUAUAGAAAAAUAGCUCUUAAAAGAUUUGGAUAUAGAAAUUGCUUAGUUGCAUUUAACCUUUUAAAAAAAGAUGUUAUCUCGCCUCUUAAAGAAGAUUUUAUACUCAACUUUAAUAAACUUUUAUAA